GGGGCCGACGUGCCUGCGCCUGCGCAGGAGCUAUGUCGGCGCUUGCGCAGUGGCUCUGUCGGAGCUCGGCGCUGCUGGCUGCGUGAGGGGGACGCGCCAUGGAUGACGAGGAGGAGACCUACCGGCUCUGGAAGAUCCGCAAGACCAUCAUGCAGCUGUGUCACGAUCGGGGCUAUCUGGUGACCCAGGAUGAAUUGGAUCAGACCUUGGAAGAGUUUAAAGCCCAAUUUGGCGAUAAGCCCAGUGAAGGGAGACCACGGCGGACUGACCUUACAGUGCUGGUGGCCCAUAAUGACGAUCCCACAGAUCAGAUGUUUGUUUUCUUCCCUGAGGAGCCCAAGGUUGGGAUAAAGACAAUCAAGAUGUACUGCCAGAGAAUGCAGGAAGAGAACAUCACCAGGGCUCUGAUUGUGGUGCAGCAGGGCAUGACUCCCUCAGCAAAGCAGUCAUUGGUGGACAUGGCUCCCAAAUACAUCCUGGAACAAUUCCUGCAGCAGGAGCUGCUGAUCAACAUCACAGAGCAUGAGUUGGUUCCAGAGCAUGUGGUCAUGACAAAGGAAGAAGUAACUGAAUUAUUAGCCAGAUACAAAUUGAGAGAGAACCAGCUCCCCAGGAUACAGGCUGGAGAUCCUGUGGCCAGAUAUUUUGGAAUAAAGCGUGGGCAGGUAGUCAAGAUCAUAAGACCCAGUGAGACUGCAGGGCGAUACAUCACCUACCGACUGGUUCAGUAGUCUAUGCUGUACAUCAGCAGAGCCUCCUGAUGCCUGCUAUUCCAGACUUCCCUUCUGGUAACAUCUUGAGCCAGUAAGCGCUCUAAUGAAGUCUGCUGCCAGUGUCCUGAGCCGUAGCUCUCACGCCUGAGUUCGUUAGCUAGCUGGACUUUUCCCUGCACGGCUCUGGCAAUACUUCAGCUGCCCUGUUUGAGCAGGACGUCCUGCAGCUGACCUGACAGUGGACAAGUAUCCAAGCUGUAUUAACAGGAGCCUGUCUCAACACGGAGUCUCCAAAAAGCCCAUAGAGACAGACAGCUUCUUCCCUCUGCCCCAGCCUCGCCUACUGACAUGGAACGUCCUGCUUUCCCAGAAGGCUGUAUGGGUUGAGUUCUGGUAUGUAUGGGAGUGUUCCAAUGCUGUCUCAUCCUCUAGCUCAGUGGUUCUCAAACUUUUUUUUUUCCUGCGGAUCACUUGAAAAUUGCUGAGGGUCUCAGAGGGCCACUUAAUGAUCUUUCCAAAUGUUGUUUGUACCAUUAGCUAAUUAUUGUAAAGCGCUUUGGAUAAAAGCGCUAUAUAAAAAACUUUUUUUGUUCUACAAAUAAAAGCACACAACUUGUA